AUUUGCCCAAAAAUGAACACGAUGAACAGAAACAAGAACAACACUAACAGCAGCAAAUUGAACUCCGUCUUCUACGCACAGACCUAUCAUCCAAUCCAAGCCGGUAGCAUCGAUGGCACCGACAUUCUUCCUCACGAUAACGCCGUCUACAGAGCUCUCCUGUGUUCUUCCGCCGGCCUCUAUGAUCCGUUCGGUGAUCCAAAUGUCAUCGGUGAAGAUCCUUAUUGCACCCUUUUCGUCGGCCACCUCUCUCAAUUCACCACCGAAGAUACUCUUCGCAAGGCUAUGAGCAAAUAUGGCACAGUGAAGAACUUGCGAUUGGUCAGACAUAUUGUUACAGGUGCCUCUCAAGGUUAUGCUUUUGUUGAAUUCGAAAGUGAAAGAGAAAUGCAAAGAGCAUAUGAGAAGGCGCAUCAUUCAGUUAUUGAUGAUUCUGAAAUCAUAGUUGAUUAUAACAGGCAGCAACUAAUGCCAGGGUGGAUUCCAAGAAGAUUAGGAGGAGGUCUUGGAGGUAAGAAAGAAUCCGGGCAGCUUCGAUUUGGGGGUAGAGAAAGACCUUUUCGUGCUCCAUUGCGUCCGAUUCCAUUGGAUGAUUUGAAGAGGCUUGGGAUUCCACCUCCCCCUGAAGGUCAUUACAUGUCAAGAUUUGAGGUUCCAUCACCACCUCGAAAGAAAAGAACAAGUGUAGAUAGAGAUAGGGAAGAGAGGCAUAGAAAAAGUUAUGAGAGAAGAAGAUCGAGUAGUAGGGAUCACAUAUAUGAGGAAACCAAAGAGGGAUAUGGAUCCAAGAAGAGGAGUAACUAUAGCCAUGAACAUGAAAGAAGAUCUAGUAGUAGAAACUAUGAGUAUGAUGAAAGAGAUUCACAUAAACAUGAUAGAUCAUCAACAUCAACAUCAACAUCAAUAGGUUAUGAUCAUCAUCAUCAUCGAUCUGAUAAAAGGCGUUCUCGUUCUGGUGAUAGGGAACACCGGUCCCACAAGCGCCAUAGACACAACGAGUAAGUUUUUUCUUUGAAAAUGGAAGUUAUGAUUAUAUGUGUUGAUUCUUAAUGUUGCUAAUUACAAG